AUGUAAUCCCCAUUUCCAAGAAAGAAAUAUCCUUCUAAGACAAUUGUUGUUAGAAAGAAUAAUCAGUUGUUCUCAUCAGCUGAGCAAGGGGACAAAAAACUCAAAUCCUCCAGAGCGAGCAAAGGAACAAGAAGAAAAGGAAAUGUACUUGACAACUAAGAACUUUUUCAAGUUAAUAAAGGGACAUAAAAGGCGUAGCAUAGUUCUGAGUCUGAGUCAGAUAGCGAUGAUUCGUUUUAGAAAUCUGUAUUAUCAGAGAGCUCAAAAUCAAGUAUAAGAUCAGCAAAAACAAUAAAAUCAAAGUCUUCAAAGAGACAGAAAAACAACAUAAAGGAUUUGACUCAAAACCUCAUAUAGUAAUACCAAACAAUUCUAAGAAAAGCUGAUAGCCAAAUGACGUAGCAGAAACAGUAUAUUAAUUCAUAACAAUAGGGAAGAAAUAUAGUAGAAGAUGCUUGAUAGAAUAGCAGAAUAAGCAACUGCGCAGAUGUAUGUACAGCCUUAUAAGGACAACAGCGAAUAUGAAAGUGGUGAAGAAAAUUCUGAUCAUCUAUCAUAAUUAUUUUCAGACUUGGCCAAAGAAGAUGACAAGUCUGAUAAGUCGGAUAAUUCAAUAGUAAGCCUUGAGGUGAUUUAAGCACAAAAUCUGAUAACCAAUAGAUCUGUAAAAGACAUUUAGUCUCCUGGAACGCCUGAGUCUUCAAUUUAGAUUCCGAAUGUAGAUUUAAGUGUAAGUAUGUAAUUUACACUAGACAACAAAUGUUAAGCAUAGAAUGUCAAAUUUUCAUAGUGCUUUUGCUGGUUUCAGUCAUUUGUCUGUUACAGAAUAAUCUCAAUCGUCUAAUGAAGUAUGAAAAUAUUGGAUAUUCUAGAUUGAAAUUGAUCAAUUAAGUAAGCUCUAAAACCACUAUGGGAAGAUCUAUUAAAAAUUGAGUAGUGUUAAUGGAGCAUUGCACAUAAAAUUUAGGAAAAUGAGAAGUUUCUCAAAGUAUAAAUUACUUUAUGUAAAAAUAACAAUUAAUUGAGAGUUCUUAUUAAGAUGGCUACCCUGUAUUAAAGCUAAGAAGGAUCUUCGCUUAUUGUUAUUUGACAACAAAAAGAUUAUCCAAGAUAAUAGUCAGAUCUAGAAUAUAUUAAUACCUUUUGACCUUUGUAACCUUAGGAAAUAUCAUUCUAUUUAUCUAUGAGCAUUUAAAACAUGACAAUUAGAACUUAUUUGCAAUUAAUUUUGGUAAAGAGAGCACUUAUAGAUUUAGUUUUCUUGUGGUUGUAUGUAGUUGACAUCGUCCUACAGCUAUUUGCUUUUGGGUUAUUUAGAUCGAGAUUUAUAUUUCUAGGAAGAGUGAUUGAUGCAUUUCUAAUAGUGAUGUUUUAUUAUCAUUUAGCUUACACAGAAACUGUUGUAAACAUUACACCUUUAAGAAUGAUGAGAUUACUCAAACAAUUAGGAGCAAUAUUUGAGGGUAUUUGAGAUAUAUGACUUAGGAUUGUAAAGGAUGAUUGAGGCAAUGAUAGAAUCUUUAAAGUUCAUUUUUGAAUCUACUGCUGUUGUUAUAUUGUUUGUCUUAUUUUUUGCAUCCUUAGGCAACUCUUUAUUUAUGGGUUUGUUCAACGAGCGUUGUUUGCCAUCGGAAGAGGAUGAAUGGAUUUAAUGUAUCUAAGGAGAAUGUCCAGAUGGUAAGACUUGUGUGAUGACAAAUAAGGCCUUUAACAUUCCUACUAAUUUUAACAACAUCAUAUAUUCAUUUGGUUUGAUGUUAAAGACUGUUACUAUGGAUGAUUGGAGUUGGGUUAUGUAUUACACAAUAAGGGCCUUUCAUCCAAUAGUGUGGAUAUAUUAUGUCUUGAUUAUAUUCGUUGGUGGUUUUUUUGGAUUUAAUUUGCCUAUAGCAGUCUUUAAGACUCAUUUUAGUGAAAUGUAAUUCCGAUCAAUCUCGAAUUAGGAUGAGAAAGUUGAGUCCAUAAGCAAGCUACAGUUAAAAAAGGUAGGAUUUAUUCAUUAUGUGAAUCAAAUGAAUAAUUAUCUAUUUUCUAAAUAGCAAAGCAUCCUAAUUGAAGAACCCAGAAUAAAUAAGCUUAAUUAAGCUUGGGACAUAUAGCCAAAAUUAUUAUUAGGAAGCAUGAUUAAUCAAUCCAAAAUAGGUGAAAGCAAUUUUACCCAAUUUAGGAAUACUUUUAAAAACUUUUCAUUGAAACAUAUUCUACUUCCAAAAUUAAAUGAUAUUGCUAAGUUUUAUAAUAAUUUAGACAUCAAACUGUUUACUUAGGAUCUUAAAUAACAAAUGAUAAUUAAACAAUUUAGUAAAUCAUCGUUUUUGUUGGAGAAAUAUAUUGAUUACAAUUUUCAUUAUGUACCCACUAGUUAAAUUGAUAUUCUGAGGUAAUCGAUGUUUUUAGUGUUAAAAAAAACAGAAAGCAAACCAUUUAGUGGAUAAAAGAAAAAGAAAUUCUAUUAUAAACCAAUCUAGAUUAAAAAUAAAAUUAUAUAGAAUCCUAGAACCAGCAGAUCAGAGCUAACUGUAGCAAGUUCAUACAUAUCUGAAAACAAGAAAAUGAUGUUACCAAUCAAGUAGUCUUAAAGGAUUAAAAAGGAUAACAUUAAUACAUCUGAUUUACAUGGAUCAAAAUCUAGCUCAAGUUCAAACAAUCUAACUCAAGGUUAUUAAAUGAUGUAGGAAACUGAAAGAAGGAAGUUUCCUUAUUUUAUGAAGUAGCUCUCAAUUCCUUUGGAGAGUGAGAAAAAGGAUUUCACUCAAUAUCACAAUGGGGAAUUGAAGAUUCUUGUAAAUGGUGUUUAUUUGGAUUAUUUGAGUGUUCAAAAGAGAAUCAAAGCUAACAUUCAUUAAAAAAAUUAGGAAGGUCCGAGAGGAUAGGAAGAGUAUACUUAAUUGAGGAGAAAAGAAUUUGAAAAGAAAAUAAUCAAGGCAAAGCAUUGGUCAGGAAAUAAUGUUUUGAUCAGUUCUCAAGCAUUAAUCCAGAAAUUUGAUGAUAUCUUUAAAAGCCUCAAUCAAAAGGACAUUGAAAUCUGGCCUAAGUCAUUAAGUGGAAUUAUACUUAAUUUAAGAAAGUAUGCUUUUCAAAUUAUUCACUUCAAAUUAACCAAGUUUUUGUUUGAUUUGACUAUUUUAAUAAAUACUUUGUUUUUAGCACUCCAAGGCACCAUAAAUAGAAAAAUAAUUGAUAAUGAGGAGGAUAUAGCAACGGUGGUCUUAUCAACUGAAAUAAUAUUGCAAUUAAUUGUGUAUUAGCCAAGUAAUUAAAUAUAAAAUAUUAGAAAGAAUAGCUAAAAAUAAACAUCAUGUAAUUGAGCUUUUGAUAGUGAUACUUAGUUUAAUAGAGUUUGGAUUUAGUAACUAUUUGAAUGUGAGUGAAUAGUACCUGAGAUUGAUGAGAUCAACUAAAUGUCUCUUAUUCUACAGGUGCAUACUUUACAUUUAGAUGGCUAGAAUAAUAGGAGCAAUAGCUUCAAUUACUUAUAAAUCUUAUAUUUAUCUGACAUUUUUAAUGUUCUUUAUGAUCUUAACUUUUGGAUUGAUAGGAAUGGAAUUGUUUGCAAAUAAGUUUGAUGAUUAUCACAAGAAAGGAUACAUGUAAUCUUUUGAUGAUCCAGCUAAGGCAUUUAUGACAGUUUUUAAUAUUAUGACAAAUGAUGAUUGGUUUGGAGUAUAUCGUAUUGGUACUGAAGUAUAGACUGAAUUAGCAGUGACUUUUUCGAUUGCUUUAGUGUUUACUUUAAAUUAUUUUAUUUAUGGAAUUAUGAUGGCUAUUUUGCUUGAUGGAUUUAGUUAAUAUUUGGAAAGGGAAUCUUCAAAUGAGGAGAAUGAGUUUAUGAAGGAAAAAAUUAAGUAGAUAAACAAGCUUAAUAAAUAAUUAGAUUCAGAUCAAACAGAUGAUGAUUCUGAGAGUGAAAGCUCGAAUUCUAGUUCUUCUUCAAUAAAACAAUAUAAAGAAUUGGCCAACAAUGUUAUUGUUAAUAGUAAUAGAAAUUAAAGGAGAGAAAGCACGUCUCCAGAGAAUAUGUUAGCAUCAUCAAGCAAUGUUAGAGAAUACCAAUAAAAAAGAGACAGCUGCUUUACAGAAAAACUGUUCCAUUCUCUUUAAUUUCCUCCUACUAGAAACAGAAGACCUGAUAUUGUUAAUGAUUAAAAAAAGAAGAUCAAGGAUGACUUCAAUAGGUUGAAAAAUAAAACCAACAUCAAUAUCAAUCAUUUAAAGGCUUAAGAAUCAAAAAAGAUCAAAUUAAUAUAGGAGAACAUCGAAGCAAUCGAAAGACAACUUCUUAAGCAAAAUCCAAAAUUAUACACUGGCAAUGAUUGUCUCUAAUCCUAUUAUAUUUUCCAUAAAUCCAAUAAUUUUAGAAAACUACUCUUCAAAGUCAGUUAGAGCGAUUAUACCAAGUAUUCCAUAGACGCCACUUUACUAUUAUCUAUUACCUACUUAGCCAUACCAAAUGAUAUUCAAUAAGACCCUUUGCUUGUUACCUUAUUAUUUAUCUUGAACUCUAUAAUUUUUAUAGAAUUCAUCAUAAAAUCGAUUGCUUAUGGAGCAUUCUUAGAUAAAGGAUCGUAUCUUAAUGUAAAAUUAUAAUUAAAAAUAAUAGUACACAUGGAAGAUUAUUGAUUUGGCUUACAUAAUAAUUUAUUACGUUCAAUUUUUUAAAAUUGGGUAUUUGCCAAUCUUUGAAGUUAUUUAAACCUUUUUGUUUUUUAGACCUUUGAAGUUGCUCUACAGAAUACGAUGGGUGGCAAGAGUGAGGGCAGCAUUGACUCAAUCUUUGUUUGAUAUAAUAAAUGUUUUUGUAGUCCUAUUGUUGGUUUGGUUGAUGUUUGCAGUUUUUUCUAUGAUGCUCUAUGCAGACAAGUUGGGUUAUUGCGAGGAACAAUUCAAUUAUGAUAUUGGGAUUGAGGAAUGCAAACAAUUAGGCAAGUCGUGGAUAGUCUACAAGCACAAUUUCGAUAAUAUUACAACUGCAAUGCCAAGUCUUUUUGUUAUAUCAACAUUUGAUGGGUGGGGUGCAAUCUUAUGGGCAUCUCAAAAUAGUAGAGAAUCAUAUUAUGGUCCUCAUCCAUACUAUAGUUAGGCUCCUACUUAUGUAUUUUAUAUUGCUUUUUGCACAAUUGGAUCCAUGUUCUUUUUGCAACUAUUUACUGGUGUUCUGUUCAUAAAUCUAAAGGCAAACUCCAAAUAAAUUGAGAAUCAACAAUUGACUUAAGCGUAGUUGGAAUUCAAGAAUGUAAGUGAAAUAAUUUUGUUCGAUCAUCCAGUUAGAUCUUCAUUGCCUAAAUCGUACAUUAGAAAGGUACUAGCCACUAUAAUCACAAGUCAAUUUAUGGAUUUCUUUAUGUUUUCUAUUUUGCUUAUCAAUUGUGUAACUAUAAUGAUGAUAUAUCACUCUGCUGAUUUUCAUUAUAAUCGAAUCAUUAAUCUAAUUAAUCAUGCGUGCACCAUCAUAUUUGCUAUUUGGGUGUUGCUCUAAGGCAUAGCUCUUGGAAUCAAUAGAUUCAAAGACAAUCCGUGGAGAUUAUACACAACAGUAGUUAUCAUUUUGGGGGUGGUUGAUUUCGUGAUUGAUGUCAUUUGGAAAUGGUUCCAGUUAUAUGUGUAUUCCACUUAGAUGACUCCUUAUUAUCAACUACUGAGAGUCAUGUACAUGCUAAGGAAUUUGAGAGUGAUAAUAAUAUUUCAGGGACUCUAGAAGCUCCAGAGGUUGGUGAGAGUGAUCUCAUUUGCUUUUCCCUUUUUGUUCAAGAUCCUAUUUAUAUUAUUAAUAAUAAUGGUAGUUUUCGCUUUUUAUGGAACAAUGUUGUUUGGUCAUAUUGACAAGGGAGAAGUGAUCAAUGAUUUAAUCAAUUUUAAGAACUUUUGGUUAGCAAUACUGACUUUAUUUAAGUGUGUAAGUGGUGAUGAUUUUAGGAGUAUAAUGAAUGAUUGUAUGCAUCAUAAUCCCUAUUGUCAAGAGGAUCCCAAAUAUUGCGGAUCUCCCUAUUCGUAGAUAUAUUUUAUAAUAUUUAUGUUAAUAUCUAAUUAUGUGCUAUUAAAUCUGUUUGUAUUGGCAAUGAUUGAAUAAUUCGAGUUAUUUUUUAAUAAUCAGGAUUCAAUCUUAUAAACUUAUGUCGAGAAUAUCGAUACCUUUAGGAAGGCAUGGUUUAAGUUUUCUUGUAACCAUGGCCAAUUUUUAAACAUCAAGAACUUACCCUUCCUCUUGAUGGAAAUAAAGGAACCAUUGGGUUGUAAGCCUUACGAGAAUCAAUGGGACGCAGCCAAAUCCAGUCUGCAGUAUAAUUUGAUAAGUGACGAGGAAAACAGAAUCACUUACAACCAGUUGCUCUAUGAAAUCUUUUUCCAUAGAUACAAGAAAUUAAUAUUGGGUUAAUGUUCUGAAAUUGCUGCAGAAAAGAUGUAAUAUUAUCACAAGACCAUGAAUUUUCGAUUAGCAUUUCACAGGAGAGGAAAUACAUUCAGGAGGAGCAACAUAGGGCCAUAACUGAAAUUGAAAGGGAAUUGCAAUGCUCUUUACUUUCAAUUAAUUGCCUUGACUACCUUCAGAGUCUGGAAGAGUUACACUUAAUAGAUGAUCUAAAAUAUACUCACUGAUCAGCAAUACAUUUCAGAUCGAACAAUUAAGGACACUGAACCUAUCAGACAUUCGAUUUCCUUAAGAAGUUUGGAGAGUCAGGAAUCUCGGAUUAAACUCAAUGAUAAACCGAUUUAUUAGAAAAGGAGACUGGGAAGACUAAAGCGCGUAUCAUUGCAGGGUUAAUUGAAUGACUAUUUACCUGGAGAUUUAAUAAAUGUAAUUAUGUAGUUAAAUGAUUGUAGCCGAAACCUGUUUUGAAAAGAAAGAGUAGUUUUGGAAUUAAUGUAGAGGAAGGCAAUGUUCAGCCAGUCUAUGGCACUGUAAGAGUACAAAAAAUGAAAUGAUG